AAAGAAGAGUUCAGGCCUUGGACUGAGGAGGAAUGUAGAAAUUUUGAACAUGCACUUCUAAUCCAUGGGAAAGAUUUUCAUUUAAUACAGAAAAAUAAGGUGAGAACCCACACAGUAGCUGAAUGUGUAGCUUUUUAUUACAUUUGGAAGAAAUCGGAGAGAUAUGACAAUUUUGCCCAGCAAACAAGAUUUGGCAAGAAAAGAUAUCACCAUCAUCCUGGCGUAACGGACUACAUGGACAGAUUGGUAGAUGAAGCAGAGGCACUUGGAGGAGUUGAGAAUCCAUCAGCCUUAACCUGCCAGAAUAGGACAGAGUCCAUCCCUGACACCCAGCUUAACAUUCUGAAUAUAACUGCUAAUGACCUUACAGCGCUGACUCACAGCGUGGCCAACGUAUGCAAUUCUACAGACGUAAACUGUUUAAAUGACGGCUUCCCAUCGCUAGAUGCAUUGCCUCGUGGCCCAGUGAACCACGUGCCUGUCGGGACAGAAGAUCUGCUCAACUUGCCCAGCAAUGGCGAAAGUGAUUGCUUUACCUUAUUUGAGACUGGAUUUUAUCCUCCUGACCUCAACUCAGUAAGCUUAUGUAGUGAGGAAACUGAGAGGCCGGCAAAAAGGAUAAAAAUGGGGAUCUCCGUCCCGGAACCCUUCAUCAACGAUGUGUCUGUAAAUAACCUAAGUGUGGACUUUGACAACCAUUCGCACCAUAUUACCAGUGCCAAAAUGGCUGUAUCCAUGGCAGACUUCAGCAGUCUUUCUGCUAAUGAAACAAAUAGUUUUAUAAGUUCGCACACACUACACCAUACAGCCCUGCAGUCGGAGUGA